AUGCGCAUGAGAGCCGGUCAACCACUGAGAGAAACCGGAACACUCCUUAUCAAAGAAGAGUUUGCCACUCUACUAAAGAGACCCAAAAGAGGAUUAAUAACAUUUAUGAUGAACGGAUGAUGCAUAUUUAUGCUUUUGGACUUUGUUUAUGUUUGUGCUAGAUUCAGAGCCUCAGUGUGAUCCGCCAUCUUUGAUAUCCAUGUGCAGAGUUAAUGUUAUUAUAUUGGAGUCCUGAGUCUUGAGUCAUCUUUGCUUCAGAGAAGUGGUUUGUUUACAUCCUGUAGUGCAUCAUGGCGAACUCUGCCUGGUCUGAAAGAAUGCUCCAGCUCCUCCGUCGCAUGAAUAACUUCAGUUUACCAGGAUCCUGUCGGGCUACCUGCUUCAGGUUUGAGAUAGAAGGAGCUCAGGUGGGUUGGAUUCCUCCUCAUGUAGCUCCACUGUUAGCACGGUAUCCUCGGGUGUUCAGUCCACCACAGGGGGGCGCUGUGUCUCUGUGCAGCAGUCUGGAUUCAUAUGAGAAGAGAUCUGAAGCUGUGGAUGGAGUCCUGCAGACUCUGAGGAAAGAGGAGAACCUUGUCUUCCUUAAAGGAUGGAGGAAUGAGAGGUACAGCGUGAUGCCAAAGUUCUGCGACCCUCCUCUGAUGUCGAUGGAGAGAUCUGCUACAAGUCUGUUUGGGGUGACGCGGUAUGGAGUCCAUGUUAAUGGUUACACCAUGAGCGACAGCGGGGAGAUGAGUAUGUGGCUCGCACGACGCUCCGCUACGAAGCAGACGUACCCGGGGAAGCUGGACCAUGUGGCAGCAGGAGGUCUGGCUGCUGGAGUCGGGAUCAAACACUCUGUGGUUAAAGAGUGUGAGGAGGAGGCGUGUAUCCCAGCAGCCAUUGCUGAGCAGGCCAAACCUGUGGCUACAAUAAGCUACACGUACGUAGACGAGGGGGAGGUAUUUCCAGAGAGUCAGUUUGUGUAUGAUUUGGAGCUUCCUCUGGAGUUCAAGCCCAGAGUCGGGGAUGGAGAGGUGCAGGACUUCUACCUGCUGCCAAUAGAGAAGGUGAAGGAGCUGGUGGCCUCUGAGGAUUUCAAACCAAACUGUGCCAUGGUGGUCCUGGACUUCCUCAUCCGACACUCUUUCAUUGAGCCAGACUCAGAGCCUUUCUAUCAGGAGUUUGUAGCCGGACUCCAUCAGACUUUAUAAAGUGAAGCGGAGGACCUGAAUGAAGACACUUCCUGCUGUGAAUGAUUUGUUUAAGACAAAUGUGACGCCAAUCUCGGAAUGUGUGCUUGGCUUUUAUUGAACCGUACAACAACAAAGAGUUGACUCCUGGCAGCUGGAGGCUUGUCAGAUCUCAAACUGAGUUUAAGAGGAGCACGACACUCCUUUACAGACACACAAAGUUCUCUUACACCAUGACUUCCCCAAAAACUGUUGGUUUAGAAAACAUGUUGCUGAAGCUUUACACUUAGAAAUCAAAACGCAGGAAAGGAUCUAAAAGGUACAAAUGCUUAUCAGGGUAUGAGCUCUGUACCUUUAAUAUUUUGUACCUUCUUCUUAGUAUCUCUAAAAGAACAUUUCUGCACCGAGUGAGAGAAAUGUACCUUUACAUCUGAGUAAAGUGAAAACAUCCUCAUGGAAGGGAGCAGAGUUGGUACCUAUUGAGGUGCAACUAGCCAAUUAGUGUCUUUAUGAGGCUAAAAUGUGUCCUGACAUUCAGUCACUUAGAUUUUAAACGUCUUCUAAACUGCAUGAUCUAUUUUUACUCAAAGGCAAAUCCUGAGUUCUGUCUUAUCUCAUCGGUGGCCUCUAGGGUUUCAAGUUUUGUUGCCCCAGCGUUUCAUAUCUGCUCUAUGCAGAUGAUGUUGGUUUCUUUGGGCUCGGAACUCCAGCAGGCAUUUAGGCGGUUUGCAGCCGAGUGUGAACUUGUUGGGAUGAGUAUCAGCAUCUUUAAGUCAGAGGCUGUUUUUCUUUGGUGGAAAAGGUGGAUCGCUCUCUCAAGGUGAAUGAGUGGCUCACACACUACCUGGUUAGAGAAGUCAAGUUUGUCUUCACAUAACUGCUUGUUCAUCCUUUACCUGUUGAUCAGAUCCUAUGCUCUGCUUCCUCACUGCUCUUUUUGUUUUGUAGUUUUGUCUUAACUCCUCUUAAACUAUGUGACAUCAUUUUGUUUGUUUACAGUUCGGUCCAUCCAUCGCUCUGCUUGUUCUAGCUCGCCUUGAUAAAUCUCACACUGUACCACUUCAGAGUCAUUAUUGUGUGCUGCUUGUGUUUCCCUGAGCGUGCCAAAUACAAUGUCCCUCUCUUUGUUGUUUA